AUGGCUGUUGAACCGUUAUUUGGGACAAGAGCCCAAAAGGCUUUCAUCAUCACAAAGGCCGUUGUGGUAGUAACUAUGGUCGCAUUGACGUUCGGAAUGGUGAGUUUGUGGACGACCUUUACAGAUAUUUGGUACAAGACAUUGCCAUGCUACUUGGCUCUUUUUAUUCUAGCAGAGAUAUUCGAACUAAUAAUGGCAUUUGAUGCUCUACGGUUACGGAACAUUAUCCAGCUCAUGGGGAUCGUCCUCUUUCAUGGAGCUCUCAUCGUCUUUUCCGCCCUUCAAUUUCAUGAAACCCACGUCGCUAUAUUUAAUUGCCAGUCUCAGUCUGAUUGCGUCACAGACCCCAAUCAUCUAUGGAAUAAGGUCCAACCGUUCCUAAUUGUCGCUCCCUGCAUAGUUGCUGCGUCUUGGUUCUUUUUGAUGUUCUGGAUCAAGCAGCUGUAUGCUGAAUUCGGAUGGGUUAUCUUCCAUGUCGUGGGGGCAAACCCGAAAUUCAAGUCGAUGUAUCAAUUCUAUGAAAUCUUCAUCUGCUUACUUAAAUUCGACUUCUUCUGUUUCGUGGGGGUGACUAUGCAGCUUCUCAUCGUUGUUCUCAGCAGGGAUUCCGCUGAAUUUGGUGUCACUAUCGCUGCAAUUCCUGUCGUUUUAUUGCUUUUGGCCGGUUGCGCGCGUGCUGUCAAGCACGAAGUGAAAUGGUUGAUGGUUAUUUCUCUCGCAUUGAUGUUACCUGCGAUGUCCUAUUUGUACAAACUCGAUCGCUUCUAUGCGCGUUCCUCCGAGAGCCAGUACAUUUCAACUCGCGCCACGUUGACCGUCUUCACCGUCGUUGCUUUCCUGCUCCUCUUAGCCUCGCUCGCGAUCGGAAUCAAGUGCUUCUGUGACUUUGACAAGGGAUUACACGAGUCCAAGGCGCAAGGUCAGUCUUACACUCCUGUCAUGAUGCAGGUUGUCGACGCGUUUAGAAUGAGGGGCAUGUCAGAGCGCCAGUCGCCAUAUUCCCCAGGCGGUAUUCCUCUUCAGCCACAGAUAUCCAUCGAGUAA